AUGGAGAGGCAUGACGGCCACCAGCACAAGAGCAGGGAGCUGCUGUACAUCGAGUCACUCGUCGAAGGAGAUCUCAUCCUGCAGGCGCUCAACGGCUUCCUGCUCAUACUCACCUGCGACGGAGAAGUUUUCUACGCAUCUCAUACGGUCGAAACGUACCUGGGCUUUCAUCAGCUUGCUACACCUGACGCGUCGCCACAUGAUCGUGUUGCCUGUUCGUACCUGUUCCGACAGUCAGACAUCUGCCACCAGAGCGUCUACGAGCUGGUGCACUCGGAGGACCGCGAGGAACUGCAAAGGUUUCUGCUGUGGAACUCGCAGCUGCCUUCCGACCGCAGCGCCAUCUCUCUGCAGGAAGCUCUCUUACCAGAGAAUGCGCAGUACCUGGAUAGGAAUUUCACCGUGCGUUUUCGUUGCCUGCUGGACAACACCUCCGGCUUCUUGCGGCUGGACAUCCAGGGCAAGAUCCGUGUCCUUCAGGGUCAGAACCACAAGACUGAAGAGCCGCCGCUGGCGCUGUUCGCCGUGUGCACGCCGUUCGGGCCUCCGUCCUUGCUCGAGAUGCCGCAGAAGGAGUCCAUGUUCAAGAGCAAGCACAAGCUCGACCUGGCGCUAGUCUCCAUGGACCAAAGGGGCAAGCAGCUACUCGGCUACGCAGACUCGGACUUUAUGAGCCAAGGCGGAUACGACCUGGUUCACUUCGACGAUCUCGCCUACGUGGCCAGCGCGCAUCAAGAACUGCUGAAGACGGGUGCAUCGGGGCUGAUCGCUUACCGGCUCGCCACAAAGGACGGCAAGUGGCAAUGGCUGCAGACCAGCGCGAGGCUGGUCUACAAAAACUCCAAGCCGGACUUCAUUCUGUGCACGCAUAGGCCACUCAUGGAAGAAGAAGGUCGGGAUUUGCUGGGCAAACGGACGAUGGACUUCAAGGUCACCUACCUGGACGCCGGCCUGACGACGUCCAGCAGCUGUUCUUCGACGAGCAGCGAACGGAACAGCGCCGGGGGCAGCAGCAUCGGAGGCGGCGGCGCAAGCAGCGGGCCCAACUGCAACGCCAGCGCCGUCGGUGAAGUCGGCGGAGCGCCUAUGUCAGAGAACGACUUCAUCCUGCGCUGCCAGCGGAAUCGACGCUACAAGUCGCAGAUACGCGACCUACUCAGCCGCGGGAAGCGCAGCAAGGGAUCCUCGGCGAGCAAAGGCCCCACGCCACCACCGCCACCGACGACGUACAGCAUCGAGGACUACGGCAACAUGUACGCGACGGCGGCCGCAGCACCGUACGCAGCCGCGGCGGCUGCGGCGGCCGCGGCGGGCGACAGCGGGCUUCCGCCGGGCUACGGCGUGGCCCAGAACCUGUUCCUGGACAACUCGAGGUUCCUGGCGCCCGAGAACUUCCUCCACUACCGGCACCUAAGCGGAUACUACGCGCCCGAGUACCCGCAGUAUGGCAACGGCUUCCUCGACCCCGCCACCAGGUAUACCCCUUACCAGGAGCAGAAGGACGACAAGUUGUACGCCUGUCAGCUAGACAAGUACAACGGCGUCCAAGCGCCCAAGGCCUCGUGCUGCGACCCCUACGGCGCCGUACUUCCCGACAGCAGGCAGCUAGGCUUCGGCAGCCUCUCGGACUGUCUGCUCAGGCCAGCCAAGGCGGCUGCCGUGCCGGCGCCCAAGGAAGACAUGACGCGGCAGAGCGUGCUCAUGUGGGGCGCGCCCCCGCCUCCGCCUCCUCCCCCACCUCCGCCCCAUCCGACGCCGCACCCGUCUGGCGCAUCGGCGGCGGACCCCGGCUGCAAAUGGGGCGGCCUGGCGUCGGCGCCCAAGACUAGCUCGCCGCACAACAGCUCGAGUCCCGUGGGCGCUCGGGUGGCCCCAACGCCGUACGCCGCGGCGCCAACGUAUACGCACGAGAUGGUUCCCGAGGGAUGGCAGAUGGAAGCCAUGGCGCCUUGGAGACCACAUUUGCACUCGAUGUCCAGCAAAGGCAUGCACAAUCAGGUUGCCAGCAUCUGUCGGCUGUAUGGGCUCUCAACACGUGACUGUUCCUACUACAGCUCUCAGCAGUAG